AUUUCGAGACGAAACUGUGUUUGAUUUUUCUCUUUAUUCCCUCUCUUUGCGAGAGAAAAAACACAGUUCAUCUUGAGAGUGGCAGAAAGCGUCGUAAGGUCAUCUGGAGGUUGAAAAUUCUCCACAAAACGUCGAACCGUAGCACCGGCAAGAGUGAUUACACAAUUCUGUUGGCAGCUUUCGAUACUAGUCAUUCAAGAUGGGUCGCAAAUUCUGUGUCGGUGGCAACUGGAAGAUGAAUGGCGAUAAGGCCAGCAUCGCCGAACUGUGCAAAGUUUUGACCACCGGACCACUGCACGCUGACGCGGAAGUCGUUGUGGGAUGUCCCGCACCGUACUUGACCUUGGCGCGCUCCCAACUGCCGGACAGUGUAGGAGUUGCCGCUCAGAACUGCUACAAGGUUCCGAAGGGUGCUUUCACCGGUGAAAUUUCUCCCGCAAUGUUGAAGGACCUCAACAUCGGAUGGGUCAUCAUCGGUCACUCUGAACGCCGUGCUAUUUUUGGCGAGUCAGACGAACUGAUCGCCGAGAAGGUCGCACAUGCCCUUGCCGAAGGCCUCAAGGUUAUCGCCUGUAUCGGUGAAACACUGCAGGAACGUGAAGCAGGCCAAACCGAGGCUGUAUGUUUCCGUCAGACCAAAGCAAUUGCCGAUAAAGUGAAAGACUGGACCAACGUCGUUAUUGCCUACGAGCCAGUGUGGGCUAUCGGCACCGGAAAGACUGCCACACCGGAUCAGGCCCAGGAUGUUCACGCUGCCUUGAGGAAAUGGUUUACCGAUAAUGUAUCAGCUGAUGUUGCCGCUGCGAUUCGCAUCCAAUAUGGUGGUUCCGUCACCGCUGCAAACUGUCGUGAAUUGGCCGCUAAGCCAGAUAUCGACGGAUUCCUGGUCGGUGGCGCUUCGCUGAAGCCAGAAUUUGUGCAAAUUGUCAACGCUAGACAGUAAACGAAGAUUACCACAACCAAAUCGCCGCUCAUCGUAAUGGAAUACAUGAUUCGGAACCAAAUUGCGUGAGCCAGUCACCUCUCUCGACUCGUAUCCUAAGCGUAGUUGUUUAUUCGACAGAAUGCAUUAUCUUGUAAGUGAAGCAGUAAAUAUAAAUGAAAAAGUUUAACGAAAAAAACUAACUAGUUUGCGAAAGAAA